AUGGGAAGUAGUGGCGCUGCAUCGGCGUUGCAAACCGAUGCAACUACCAGAAUGGAAGGCUGGUUGUACCUCAUACGCUUCAACCGUAUAGGACUUCAGUUCUCGCGGAAGCGUUACUUCGUCCUCGACGGUAACCUUCUUCGCAGCUUCAAAUCCGUUCCUCUUUCUAGUAAUCAGGAUCCUGUUAGAAGUGCGAUUGUAGAUUCCUGCAUUCGAGUCAUGGAUAACGGGAGGGAGAGCGUUAACAGAAAAGUGUUUUUCAUUUUUACUCUCUAUAACACUUCAAAUCACAAUGAUCAGUUAAAGUUAGGAGCAAGCCGUCCUGAAGAAGCGGCGAGGUGGAUUCAGUCCUUUCAUGAAGCAUCGUUAAAGGGUGCGCCUGAUGGAGGAGACGAUGCUGUAGGUUGUUCUAAGAGGAGAUGGCAAUCCUUUAGACUCAGUGGAUGUUCCAGUAGAAGUCACCCUAAUUCUGUAGACUGGACUCUUUCUUCUGCUGAUGUUAUUGCCCCUUCACCAUGGACAAUAUUUGGCUGCCAAAAUGGUUUACGACUAUUCAAGGAAGCGAAAGACAGGGAUUCUGGUGGGAAGAAAUGGGAUGAUCACCCUGCAAUAAUGGCUGUUGGUGUGGUUGAUGGAACUUCGGAAGCCAUUUUCCAGACUCUUAUGUCUCUUGGGCCUUCAAGAUCAGAGUGGGAUUUCUGUUUCUACAAGGGGAAUGUAGUGGAGCACUUAGAUGGUCACACAGACAUCAUUCACAAACAGCUAUUUAGUGAUUGGUUACCUUGGGGAAUGCAACGAAGAGAUCUCUUGUUGCGGCGUUAUUGGAGGAGAGAAGAUGAUGGAACAUAUGGUGGAGGGUACGUUAUAUCACCAGUGAACAAAGGAAAACAAUCAGUUGUAAAGCAUAUGCUUGCUAUUGAUUGGAAAUGCUGGAGAUCUUAUCUUAAAUCUUCAUCAGCACAUUCCAUAACCAUUCAAAUGCUCGGGAGAGUUGCUGCAUUACGGGAGUUAUUUAAAGCUAGACUAGGGAAUUGUUCUUCUUCUGAUUAUUCAUCUGGUGAGUUGACGACAAACAGCGGGCUUAAUGGAAAGGAAGGAGGCAUCACUAGUUCUCAUACUGAAAUUCAGGCAGAUGAGAACAAUAAUGAUAAUUCAGUUGGAGAAGUAGAUCAAACCCAACCAGAGCAUGCUGGCCUUGUUACUCUAAAUGAUGCUGAUGAUGAGUUCUAUGAUGUUCCAGAGCCAUCAGACUGUGACGAGUCAGAAAAUGGUUGGAUGACUGAAUGUAGUCACCAGAAGUCUCAGGACAUUCGUCAUCAAAAGUUAUCAACUGCUGCUAAUUUUGUUAAAAGGUUGCAUGAUCUUGCAGUUCAGAAGAGGGGUUACGUUGACUUGCAAGAGAUGGUCAGGGAAGACAGUAGUAUCACAUGCUCAUAUGGAUCCACUCUUCCGCAAGAUCCUACUUGUACAUUACCUUGCAGUUUGACUGAAGCAGAUCCUUCUACUUUCUUGAUUCGAGGAGAAAAUUAUCUCGAAGACCACCUAAAGUAUAAAGCGAAGGGAACCUUGAUGCAAAUGGUUGCUGCAGAUUGGGUGAGAUCUGACAAAAGGGAAGAUGACCUUGGUGGACGUCCUGGGAGCAUUGUGCAGGUUGGCAUUGCCUAUGAUUAUAAAUAUGCAGCGCAGGGAGGGCCCGAGUUCUUUUUCAUUGUAAACAUUCAGGUUCCAGGUUCUACUACAUAUAGCCUAGCACUAUACUAUGUGAUGAAUACUCCCGUGGAAGAUGCUCCUUUGCUAGAGAGUUUUAUUAAGGGUGAUGAUGCCUUCAGAAAUUCAAGAUUUAAACUUAUACCGUACAUAUCUAAGGGUUCAUGGAUAGUAAAGCAGAGUGUGGGAAAGAAGGCGUGCCUAGUUGGGCAAGCUUUGGAAAUCAAUUAUUUCCAGGGAAGGAACUAUUUGGAGCUUGGGGUUGAUAUCGGAUCAUCUACAGUUGCAAGAGGUGUUGUGAGUCUUGUCCUUGGGUACCUCAACCAUCUGGUUAUUGAGAUGGCUUUUUUAAUACAGGGAAACACACGUGAAGAGCUCCCUGAAUUUCUUCUUGGAACUUGCCGGCUUAACCAUCUGGAUGCUUCUAAAGCGGUUUGUCUGAAACCGUGA